GGUCAAAGACAGAAUUACCGAUGUAAGAAAAACAAAAAGCAAAAUAUUAACAGAAUUGGACCAAAAAAUAAAAGUUGGCAACGAUCUUGUUAAUAAUUUGACGGAGGAUAAAGAAAUAAUUAAUAAUUUCUUAACCGACUUUACUGGCUUUUUGGCAGAAACACGGACCAAGACAAGUUAUGAGGGAGAAGUAGAAAAGUUAAUUGUUGACGAGAAUGAGGAAACGUUGAAAAAGGAAGUAGUUGUUGUUAAAGUAAAUAAAGAGGUGAUUAAGCAGGUUCUUAACCAAAAAGAAUCCGAGAUAAACAUAUUAAUUAGCCACUUAAAAGAAUACCUCGAAUUGGAGCAAGUUACUGAAAAAUUAAAAGAGGAAAUUCGAGAUUUUUCUGAUAAUAAUGAAUCUAUUAGUGAAGAACAAAAACGAGCCAUUAUUGAAUAUUUAGACGAUUUAAUUUUUCAGGCCAAAGAUUAUUCGCUAGCGAUCAAUGAGACUAAUAGCAAAGAAAAAACCGAAAAUAUUAGGGCUAAAAUAGUUGAUGAAGUCAUUUUUUACUGCGAGCAUGUAAAAGAAUACAAAAGGGAAAUCGGUAAUGAGAACGACCGUCCAAUUUACGAAGCGGUGAAAGGAAGUUCAAAAAAAGUUAAAGAGAUUCUGACCGACUUUGCUGCUCUGUUAAAACAAGAAACCGAACUGGAAUUAGGAAAAAGUUUUACUACUUUACUGCCCGAACAACAAAAUUUAUUGAAAAUUUCCGGAGAAA